CAUAUUUAGUUGUUUAUUUGACAACACAAUUAAAUAUUUAAAUAAUUAUAAAUAAUGUAUUAAAAAAUAUAUAAUGAUGAUUUAAAAAAUAAAAAAUAAAUUUAUGAUAAUUAAUUAAGUUAUGCCAGGUUUAGCAUUUGGUAGCAUUUUGUUCGAAUCGAGUCCAUUAGUUAACAGCCUAAUGUCCGAUGCUGGCGAACAAGUGAAAAAAUUUUUUUUCACAUCACGACGAUCACACGAAGCAGGACAACACGAGGAAUCACUUGAAAUUUAUAUACCCGAGUUGUUACAAGCAAGUUAUAGUUUUUAUACUUGGCCAUCAGCUCCAGUAUUAGCCUGGUUUCUUUGGGAAAAUCGUCAAGAUCUUGUUGGUAAACGUAUACUUGAAAUUGGUUCUGGUACAGCAUUACCAGGUAUUGUUGCUAGUAAAUGUGGUGCACAUGUAACACUAAGUGAUUCAGCAAAUUUUCCAAAAAGUUUACAACAUAUUAAACGUUGUUGUGAUUUAAAUAAUAUAACAUCACAAGUUAAAAUAAUUGGUAUAACUUGGGGACAAUUUUUAACAAGUAUAUUUACUAUUGGACAACUUGAUUUAAUUAUUGGAUCUGAUUGUUUUUAUGAACCAUCAAUAUUUGAAGACAUUGUUGUUACAAUUGGUUAUUUAUUAGAAAAAAAUAAUAACGCAAAAUUUCUUUGUACAUAUCAAGAACGUAGUGCUGAUUGGUCAAUUGAACAUUUAUUAAAUAAGUGGGGACUUGUUUGUACUCAUAUACCAUUAACUGAUCUUGGUGCUGAUUCUGGUAUAUCAAUUGGUGAAUUAAUGCAAGAUCAUACAAUUCAUUUAUUGGAUAUAAGACGUGCAACUUGAGCUUUAAUUAAAGUUUCAUUAUUAUUAUUUUUUUCUUAAUAAAUUAUAUAAAACAAGGUCAUGGCUGGUGUUGGUGUAGGUAAAACACUUCAUAAAUUACGUGUUGUUAAUAUUCCAUGGACAAUUGGUGAUUUACAAUUGAAACAAUAUUUUUCACAAUUUGGCUUUAUUAAUAACGCUAAAGUUAUCUUUGACAGACGUACUGGUUUAAGUAAAAAUUUUGGUUAUCUUGAAAUAACUGAUAAAGAUACUUAUCAUAAUAUUGUUGAAAAAAAAAAUCAUCAUCUUGAAGGAUAUGAACUUUAUGUAAGACGUUUUUUUGAAAAUUAAAAUUUACAUAAAAGCAAAAAAACAUACAAGUUUGUAGUAAUAAAAAAAAUAUUAUUAAUUAUAUUAAAUAAAAAAGAAAAAAAAAAAAAGAAAAAUAACCAUGGCUGAAAAUAUUGAUUUAAUUGAUGAAAUGUCAUUGUUAGAAAAAAAUUUUAAUAAAGCUGCAAAUCAUUUACAAAGUAUUGUAUCAAAAUUAGAUUCUGGACAAUUAUUAGAAUUUUAUGGUUUUUAUAAACAAGCAACAAUUGG